AUUUCAUUGCUGAACAUUUUCAACAUAUAUAACAUUUACUUUAUCACAUAAACUCAUUCCAGCUUCCAUAUAGUCCCUUCAUUUCUGUCAGCAAAGUCAUUUUUCAUCUUCAUCUAAAAUGCUGCUGCACCACAAGGUCUAUGCAAAUGAGCUUUUCCAGAUUAUGGCAUCGAGGGACGUCGACCAGACAAGAAAGCUCGAAUUAGUAUUAAAGCUAAAGACGAAUAUAAAAAAGGAUGCGGUUGAUAUUGCUCAAGUUCCAACUUAUUUUGAAGCGUUAUCUAUAGGUGUAGACAUUCCCGAUUUGGGUAUUCUGGUAGCCAGCUUUAGCACCCUUGCUCAUUUGAUCAAGAGAGUAAGUAUGCAAGACAAAACAGGAAUGGUGCUUAAAAACCAAAGCUUUCUUGUUUUACCCAUCAUAAUCAACCGAUUGGCCAAUUCAAACACGUCUACGUUGAGUUCAGCAAGAAAAGCAUUGGAGGCAUAUUGGUUCUCAUCACCUCGCGAAGUUGAAAGUGCCAUUUUAGACAUAGCCUUGAAGCACAGAAACACCGACAUAACUCUUGAAGCUGUCCAUUGGCUCCACCACAUCAUAAGCAAUGUCAACCAGCAUUUCAAUCUCACAAGGUUUGUUCCACAGUUAGCUAAACUAUUGGCCACGUACCCAUCGUCGCAUUCUACACAACUACAGAAUUCUAUUAAGUCAUUGCUCUGUGACUACUAUAAUUUUAAACAGAACAGAUUAUACAAAUUCGACUUGGCUCGCGAACUUGAACUUAAGAAUGUUCCUGAUACCAUCAAAGAAUCCAUAAUGCAAAACAUCGCAGGGAUUAACCCAGAAUCUACUUCUGUAACCAAGCCCGAUUCCAAUUUCGUAAUAGCUGUUCAAGACCAUCAAAGCAUACCGUCUGAAGCAGAAACUUUACUUCCAGAAAUUCGCGACAUCAUUUCUAAGUACAACUAUGAAUUAGAUACUUCAAUUAGAUCUGUCAGCUUUGAGGGAUCAGAACAAAUGCUUUCCACAUUCAACGACCUUCUUCCUCCAUUCAACAGCAAGGAAACAGAAUUUAACUGGGGCCAGCGUGAGAAGAAUAUCGUUCAAAUGAGAUCUAUUUUGCGAGGCAAUGCUCCAUCCCUUUAUAGGAGGGAUCUUAUAGUCGGCUUAAAAGAUUCCGCCGAAGCAAUCUGUAAGGCAGUUUCUUCUUUACGAACUACAUUGUCUUCUCAUGGUUGUCAAUUAGUAAAAGAAUGCGCCAUAUUCUUAAAGACUGAUAUUGACUCUCUUGUUGAUCUUUUCAUGCCUUCCUUGGUUAGGCUCUGUGCUGCAACUAAGCAUAUAGCUUCUACAAAUGCCAAUAUGUCCAUUGUUGCUAUAUGUGCGAAUGCUUCCUAUAGCCCAAGACUAUUGCAAAGAAUUGUCAAUGCUACUAACGAGAAAAACGUUCAACCAAGGUCGUACAGUGGUAUUUGGUUGCAAAUCACUGUGUCCCGUUUCUUUAAUUCGCAUUCCUUUCUUUCUUCUCAUGGAUCUACUCCAAAUACAGGGGUCGAUUUGGCGAUGAAAGCAUUAGCAAAAUUGCUCAAGGAUCCAAAUCCAACAGUAAGACAAAUAGCAAAAGAUUCAUACUGGUGUCUUUGGAGAAAGUUGCCAACACAAUCAGAAUUGUUAUUGAGCAAAUUGGAACCCAAGAUUAUCAAAAUUGUGGAAAGAUCAAGACCCAAGGAUGUUUCACACGAGGAAGUUUCGGCCCCUACUCUAAAUAUGCAAAGAUCCCGCCCCUCUUUAAAAGAAACUAUAAUUGAAAGGAACAAGGACCUCAGACUAAAGCAAAGAGAAUUGAAUCAGAGUCACCGUGAAGAGUUACAUAUUAAAAGAGUUGCCACUAGGACCAAUUCUACAAAUGGAUUUAGACAAAAUUCAAUUGAAAGAAACUUAUCGAAUUCUCACAAGCCAGAUUUAAGACCACCCAGCAAGGAAGGAGUAUCUCCAAAGGAUAUAGAACAGGAGAGUGUGCAGCAGGAGACAACACGCACAAAACAGACAGACACAGCACCAGCUUCUAAAGAAGUAGCCUUCGAUGUACAAGCAGAUCCUAUCCUUAAAUUCUUAUCUUCAUAUCAAACAGAUUUAAUAAAGGAAGGAAUCAAUUUACUUAAAUAUGCCAUCAUGGGCGAAGAAGAACUAUCUCCUGAGAUAACCUCAUUAUUGAAGAGUAUCUCUCUCAGACAACCGAAGCUUUUAGAACCUCUUCUUUUAUCCAAUGACAACUUGUUCAAAAGAAGUUUUCAGUUCUUUUCUGCUGAAGACUUCCUUCGUAUUUGCUCAAUAGUUAUUAAUCCAAUCGAAGGAAGAACUAUAGAGCUUUUAAUCUCUAUGAUGACAGUCGAUGAGCUCUACGAGUCGAUAAUCAAAUUGUUGUCGUACUCAAUCAACACAGCUAAUAUAUUAGGAGAUGAUGAACUUACAAUGCAAGUAAUCAAAUACAAAUCUAGCAUCAUUCAAUUGAUUGUGGUUUUCCUUCAGAGCAGCCUUGAAAAGAUACCGAUUCGAGACAGUUAUUUUCUGAAAGUCACUUCAAACUUUUUGGAGUUGGUAAGCAUUUUGAAAUCAACUGAUAUUUACCCUGAGUUCUCGAAAUUACUAGCUAAGCUUUAUUCAAUCAAUAUAGCGCUAUUCGUAUCCGAAUUGGAUCUUGUUGACAUCAAUACAAAAGAAGAAGUUGAAUAUAUUGUUGGAAUCGACCAUACACUAAGUAUGAAGAAUAUUCCCAAUACAAUGCCUAAUUCUUUAUUUGAGUUGACCGAAGUUCAAAAGACCCAUAGCUAUGACGGCUUCUCGCCAGUCAAAACAAAUCAAGAUUUUACUAUGAUAUGGCCAGAAAGGAAAGACAACGAUGAUUACAAUUUCAUUCCCAAAAGUGCAAAUGAUUCUCAGAAGAAUAUUGCAGCUCAAUUUCAAGGAUUCAACCAUCAUGAAAGUAAAUCUGAAGAUCCUGUGAAAGAAUAUAGUGAUAAUUUAGCUCAGGUUCAAAUAUGCGAGCAGCCGCCCUCUCUCAUUGACCAGAAUGUCCAACUCCAGACUUUUCUUGAUAAGGUUGAUCCGUUGAAGAGCAUCUCCAACAGAAAUAAACCCAUUGCAAUUUAUGAAGAUUCGAAGGGUUCUCCUCAGAAACUAAAGGAACACAGAUAUUCAGAAUUCAAUUGGUUUAACUUUCAGGUUGCAAGAUUGCAACUCGAAUCAGACGAUGACGAGGUCGAAGACAAUGAAACUACUGAAGACGAUUACAGUGAGUUAUUGAUGGAUGUAUGCGAGAGUUUGAAGUCGUUAGAAUUAGAUUCUAAGACCUUAACAACUGCACUUGAUUUACUUCAGAAUAUGCAUAGGUUUGGAUUCGAGUUUGUUAAGUACUAUGAAAAUGAAGGAGCCAAAUUAAUGGAGGAAUCUCUCUGGCAAUUUUUCCAUGAUUGCAACAAAGUUUCCAUUACCAACAAAGUCAGAGGAUUAGUAUUAUUGAAGCAAUUAUUAAUCAUCCAUUCGAAACUAGACUUGGCCAACUUAUGGACAACAUUGAUCAAUGUUGCAUGCCUUCCAGAUUCUGAAAACGAGAUCGCGUUUGCUCUACGUGAUAUUUCCUCCGAAAUUCUUUCUGGUCUUUACCGGAGUGAUGAAUUGCUUGAUGUUUUAUUCAGUUCAUUUACAAGCGACCACUUAUCGAGAGCACUGACAUUCAUUUUGGGGACACUUUCAAAAGUCUUGGAUUCCACAUCAAUCCCAGAAUUGUUAAGUGAUUCAAUUCUUCAACAGAUUGAUCGAGUUCUUAGGAACUUUGUUAAUAGCAGAAAUGCCGAGUGUCGAAGAUAUGCUAUUCUUUGUUACGGGAAGCUUGUCAAAUCCUCCAGAGUUAGUUUUGCGGGAAAAUCUCCCGACAACACAAUUCUAGACGGAAUCAUUCAGAGAUUUUCCCCAAGCCAGAGAAGAUUGGUGGAAUACUAUAGUCAAGACCCAAAGAGCUAGAAUUUUACACUGAAAUAAUAAGCAGAGAAUUUAUUAACAU